GGUGCACGUCCGCAGCAGAGCCCUGCAGCAGGCUGGGCUGCAUCACACCCCGGGAAGGACGGGGCUGCAGCAGGCUGGGCUGCGUACUGGCACUGUGUCCUUACUCUCUCCUCCCCUCUCCCUGCCAGGUUUGCAUGUCUUCGCCAUCGCCUUCGCCUUGGAGGUGUCAGUGGGGAAGACCAACACUGUGAUGGCUCUGAAUAACUCCAAUGUCCUGCUGCCCUGCACCUUCACCACCUGCAUAGGCUUUCAGGACCUGGUCUUCACAUGGUAUUUCAACUCGACAGAGAUGAUUUACCAUGGUAAGAUAAAGAGCAAAGCCUCGGAGCCCUUCCUCGUGGGUCGCAACCCACGGGUCGAGUUCGUCGGCUCAACUACUGGGAAGGACAACAACAUCUCCAUCGUCCUGAAUAAUGUGGAGUUCAGCGAUGCUGGGAGAUACACCUGCCACGUCAAGAACCCCAAGGAGAAGAACGCGCAGCACAACGCCACCAUCUUCCUCGUGGUGGUCCAGAAGAUGGUGGAGGCAGACAACACUGUGACGCUCAUCAUCGUGGGCGGGCUGGGGGGGCUGCACGGGGCCGGGAUUGUGGCGAGAGGGGCUGGGGGGUGCCGGGGGCUGUCAGCUGGCCGUGUGCUCUCCACCAGGAAGGAAUGUCUCGUGAGCUCGUCGGGGAACGACAACACCGAGAAUGGCCUGGCCGGCUCCAAGGCGGAACAAAAAGCACCACCAAAGGCAUGA